AUGCAGAUUUUCUAUGAACUUCUUAAGAUGCAAAUGAAAUUUGAUUUUAUGGCCGGAGCUGACACUGACACUGGAGGUGAGCUACCUCGCGGCUGCCAUCACGAGGACGACCCUGACGGCUGGGAACCGCCUCGCAAGGACGCGUGGUACAACGCCUCCAGCACCAAGGACAGCGACGCUGACCCCAAGCUCAGCACUGAGUCUCCCGAUGACUAG